AUGGCUGUUUGGAAGAGCACUUUUCUGUCACUCAUUUAUCUUGCUUCUCCGUCUCUAGCUCUAUUUAAUCUAGGUGUUCCGGGAAUCAAUUGGUCCUACGAUUAUGUUGUGGUCGGUGGUGGCACUUCAGGCCUCGCCAUUGCAGCAAGGCUAGCUGAGGAUCCUGGGGUGACGGUGGCCGUUGUAGAGGCCGGUGGACACUAUGAGAUCGAAGGUGGUAUCGAGAGCAUUAUUCCUGGCUUCGCUGCCGCAGCGAAUACUGGCACUGACCCUUCCGACGAUUCGCUGCUAAUCGACUGGAACUUUGAUACCUUGCCCCUGACGGCUGCAAAUGGUCGAGUCCUUCGUUAUGCAAGAGGAAAAUGCUUGGGUGGCACCUCUGCGCGCAACUUGAUGGUCUACCACCGAGGAACCAAAGAGACCUAUGAUCAGUGGGCAGGCAUCACGGGCGACUCUUCGUGGGAAUGGGACUCGGUGUUGCCCUACUUCAAGAAAAGCUGCACAUUGACAGCACCGGACAUGACCAAGCGUAACGCGAAUGCGAGCGUGACGUAUAACGUGAACGCAUUUGACAACAGCUUGGAUGGUCCUCUUCAAGUUAGUUGGCCUAACUAUGGCUCCCCGUUCUCCACGUACGUCGAGGUUGGGCUGGAAGAGAUCGGUAUUCUUUCAGGGCAGGAUACAAACAGCGGCUAUCUGAACGGCUCUGGCUGGGCACCUUCCACUAUCGAUCCCAGCUUGGAAACACGGAGCUCCUCGAAAACGAGUUUCCUGCCACAAUUUACUCUGAACUUCAACGUCUACGCGCACACUUUGGCGAAGAAAAUCAACUUCAGCGGAACCAAGGCUCAAAGCGUGAAAGUCGAAACCCUCGGUAUCUCCUACACCCUCGCAGCAAAAAAGGAAAUCAUCCUGUCUGCCGGAUCCUUCCAGUCCCCCCAACUCCUAAUGGUCUCCGGCAUCGGACCCAGGUCAACCCUGGAAGAGCUCGGGAUCAAAGUCAUCAAGGACCUUCGCGGCGUCGGCCAAAACCUCUGGGACCACGCACUCUUCGGUGUCGUCAAUAGAGUCAACGUCGUGACGGCAAGCCGCCUCGUGAACGACGCUCUCGCGGCCGCAGAAGCCCUCGCUCAAUACGCCUUCCAAAAGGGGCCCCUCACGGCCCCUGGCUUCGGUGUCCUCGGCUUCGAGAAACUCCCCGAUAGUAUCCGCAAGCACUUCACAAACAGCACGCGCGAAGCCCUCUCGGCCUUCCCCUCCGACUGGCCAGAGGUCGAAUAUCUCAGCCUCGACGGUAUCCUAGAUGGCUGGCACAGUGCUGACGACCAAGAUCUCGGCGAUGGCUACGAAUACGGCACCAUCGCGGCAGCCCUCAUCUCCCCUCUCUCCCGCGGCUCCAUCUCGAUAAGCAGCGCCGACACCACUGAUCCUCCGCUCAUCGACCUCGGCUACCUCACCCACCCAGCAGACCAGGAAGUUGCAGUUGCAGCCCUGAAACGCGCGCGGCAGGCCUUCAAUGCAUCGGGCGUCACUAUCGACGGCGUGGCCGAGCACCGCCCGGGACCAGACGUGCAAACCGACGAGGAGAUUCUUGGAUUUAUCCGCUCGACUAUCGUGCCGGUGUGGCAUGCUGCUGGGACUUGUGCGAUGGGCGACGCCAGUAACCCCGACGCUGUUGUCGACUCGAACGGCAAGGUCUUCGGUGUGCAGAACCUGCGCGUUGUAGAUGCAAGUAUCUUUCCCACUUUGCCACCGGGACACCCGCAGAGUACGUGCUACAUGGUUGCUGAGAAGAUUGCGGAUGAUAUCAAGAAUGGGAAUUGA